GAAAUGGUAACGUCCUGACCUGUGACCUCAUGGCGUCACCGGCCGUGUAAGCGCGCGACUGUCAAACAUCAACAGUAGCGUUGCCUCGUCUGUUAAACUUUGUUGUCUUCUUUGUAUUUUUUUCCAAGCCAUUUUCUCAGUAGCAGGAGAUUUGUUCCAUAUUUUUUCAAUGGGCUCAAAGGUGAUAUCUCGUGCUAAGGAGUUUUAUAACAUUCUUCGGUCUCUUCAAGACGACGAACGCAACCAUCCAUGUAACGUUACGUUUGAGGAGGACAUCCAAAUAUUAAAGAGGGAUGGAAACAAAAUGGGUUUGCUGAAUAUGUACUGUGACAACCAGCCAGUCUUCAUCUGUGAAAAAGCUGUUCCCAAAAUAAAUGAACCCGAUGAUCAACAACUGAUUGAAACAUCAAACUGCACUGACGAUGAUGAUGAUGCUGGUGAUGCCGUUGAUGUCAAUGCACUUCAGACAGAUUUGGGACCACAACCACUCACUGUCAUGAAAGCAAGGCAGUUGCUGUCUUGGUACACAUUAUCUCAAAAUGCCAAUGUGACAGCUGUGGACAACAGCUCUGCCUUACACCCUUUGUGGGUGAGAUGUGAUAUGUCUGAUACAGCUGGAACAACCUGGUUUGGAGCUGAAACAGUCUGCAUGGACAAUAAAGUAUCUGGUGUCAAAUUAUACUCUGUUACCUGCAAAGGCUCAACUGUGGACAAAAGGUCUGUCAUAACCUUGGAUGAGCUUAAACAAGAGCACAAGCGAAGGCAUCACCCAUCCUCAAUGGCCCUUAAAGGCAGUGCCAGGUUCAACUUGUUUGGCUCCACCGUUGUUGAAAACACCAUGAUUGACUCACAGAGCAGUGUCACAGUGGAUUUCAAAUGGAGCCAUGUGGAGAGCGUCCUUGAGACACCACCCCUGUCCUCUACAGCAACACUGAAUAUCAAAGUUGCCUGCGGGGACAUGAGAAGCCCAAUGUUUGAGAUGUACAGGGAGCUAGAGUUUCUUCAGACUCUGGCUGAUGGUUUGAGAACUGGUGAGACUGAAUGGAUGGAACCUUUGGAAAGCACAUCAGCUGUAAACCUGACCAAGGCCUUCCUAGAAGAGCUUCAGAACACUGCAAAAACACUACAGGACCAGGCUGCAAAACCAGCUGAGACCACAAAACUGAAGUCUGAGACGGAUACUCCGAUUUUCAACUCUCUUUUGGAACGAGGCGAUUUGGAUUUUGUUGAGCAGCUGUGGGUUCGGAUGAGAAAGAGUGUGACUUCAUAUCAGGACGUAGGAGACUGCCUGAAAUUGGUCAUCGAAGCUCUAAGAUAUGGUGACAUCAAACCCUGGAUUCACAGAGACAGCAGCAGCUCCCUCAGCAAGCUCAUCCUGCAGUCCUACCACCAGCAGAUCGACCACGUGUCCCUCACGGGCGUCACCCCUGUCCACAUGCUGCUAGAGAUGGGUCUGGACAAGAUGAGGAAGGAUUACAUUAACUACCUCAUCGGUGAAGAAUUGACAACUCUAAACCACUUGUGUUAUUACCUGAGCACAGAGGUUGAUCUGCAGGAGCAAGUGAUCCGACUCAGGAAACUGCACCAUCUGCUGGAAAUGAUUUUGACUUGCAGUACUUUCCUGGGUUUGCCUUACGACCGGCUCUUCCUUCUCACGCAAUCAUGUUUGCAGCAUUACAAAACAUCUCCAUAUGAUGAGGAGCAUGAAUUCAAACUGCAAAUCAAACCUGCACUGAUCAGCCAUUUUUACCAGAAAGAGCACCCGGUAUUGUGGGGAGUUGAGCUGUCCAGCGGUCAUGGUCCUCGUGAAGUCCGGACUUCCUCGCAGCUCAGUGAGAGACCACUGGUUGAUCAUGUCAUCUUUGAGACAGGUAGCCCAAAUGAAACAGUGAAUGGGGACAGUGAGGAUCCUGCCUUCUUCUCUACCACGGUGUGCUGCAGUCUCGUCAGCUUUGCAUGAACUUACACGGAAGCACAAAUGAACGACAAAGGAGGUGUUUAUUGUUAUUUUUGAUGCUAUCAUCAGAAAGUAACAUGUUUUUGAAAUGGAUUAGUCAGAUGGCUUCAUACUGCGCCUCAGAGCGUACACAGACAACUAUGGGGUUUGCCAUUAAUUUAAUGUAUUCUUGUCAAUUUUCAUGUACAACAUUCAGUUCUUUGUAUGUAUAUUCUCUGAUGCUGUCUUGGAUUUCCUUAUUGCAUCUUUAUUUGCACAUUUUCUGACUUUUCUUUUAUAGCAGUUUAAUAAUGGGAUUUUGAAGAGUUUAAACUACCAGUUGUGACCAAAGGAAAACACAAAGUACAGCCGAUAACAAGGGCUGUUUGCAAGGGGAAUAUUCCACAGCAAUACUGUAAAAUCCAACAUGUUGCAGGGCUGUCCACGCUGCCUGGGUCUGUUACUAACUAAUUCAUUAUUGUAGACUGAACUAAUGUUUUAAUAGCAAACACAAUUUAAAGAAGUCAAUAAUUCUCUUGAAAUUAAUUUCAAAUAAUGUAUUUAUGUUCACACACAAUCAGUUAAAGAAGGAUGCACUUACAGAA